CUGCGAUUCGAGUAGCCAAAAAGAUUUGGCACAUUUGGGACGCUGAUCAGUCACACUCAAUCGAUUCGACACUACCCCAAAAAUAUUACAUAGUACAGUCAAAAAUCAAAAAGAUGACCAUUGCCUGUAAACUGUGGUUAUUGGCUGUGGUGUGUGUAGCGUUCUUAUACCAGGAUGGCCCCCAAGGCAACGGCGUGUUAUGCUGAAAAAAAGCCCCCCAUUCAGACGAAGAUAAUUCGUCCGGAGCUCAGUCUUCCGGAGCUCAAUCGUCCGGAGCUCAAACUUCUGGAGAAAACGAUGAUGAUCAAAAUGCUGACAACCAAAGUGGUGAUGCCAGUGGCGGGAAUGAUUCAGAUGGCGGUGGUGUAGGAAAAGGCAAAGAUUCCAGUGAUGACGAUGAUGAUGAUGAUGAUGAUGACGGAGACCAUGAUAACAUUUCGGAAAAUAAACAUACUACUAAAAAAAAUUCUGGCCACGGCAAGAAUCACCAUCAUAAUGACAAAGAUGGCGGCGAAAACGACGACGAGGAACAUGUAGAAGAUGAUGAAGACGAUGAUGAAGAUGCAGCAGAUACUCAUCAUGAGAAACAUAAAGAGCACCACAAGACAUGUAAGAAAAACAAGGACGAUGGAGCCGGGGAAGUGCAAAUAUUAAUGUCGACCACCAUUACAGGAAAACCAAAGGAUAUCAUUAAAUACGUCAACAAAGUAAAACCUUAUAAUCCAGCUCCUUUGGAUUACAAAAAAAAAUCAGAGUCUAAACUUUUAAAAAAAAUUGAAGCCGUCACUAAAAGAUAUAAAUCGAGCAAGGGCAAAAAAGAACCAAGUGAAGAUUUGACGAGUUUUAUGAGUGACGUCCUUAGGGCGAGUUUGAAAAAAAAAAGUUCUAAACAAGUAGAUCCAGAUAAGGUAUUGAUUACCCUCGUGAAGUCUGUAUUGUUACAGUUAUUGAAAGAUAUGUAGUUUGAAGCCCGUGACAAGUCUAUCAGUGUACUUAACCACCAGAAUGUGUUGGAAAUCGCAUCUGUGUAGACGACUGCAGCUGUAAUUAACAAUAAUUACAUCUGUGCAAAAUGUUUAAAUAUAUCGUUUUUUUUUCGGGCGUCUAA